CGUUGCGUUGUCCCCGUUCCCUGCCGGGGCGGAGUGAGAGGGAGAAAAAAAAAUUGCCUGUUAUGAACUCUAUGCGGAUUAAUCCGCGCGGAGUGCGGAGAAGAAGGUCUGAUCCACAGGUUGUCGUUCACACACACACACACGCACACUUACCUUCCCAGCUAAUACUCGACAUGCAAGCAGUUUUUUUUUCUUCGCUCAUGAGCAGGAGUACAGUAGUUGCGUCCGCAGGAUGAUCCACCUCAGGGCAUCAUUCGCGAACACGACCUUUUUUUAUUUUAAAAAAAAUAUCCCGAGGAUUGAUCGGAGAUUGUGGAA